AGUACCGUAAGUGAAAGCUCAGGGGCCGUAGCAAUUUGGAAGCGGUGCCAUCCGCAUACCGCGCAGGGUCGGACCUACCAAAACAGUGCCGAAAUGUUCAGGGGUCCAUGUCUCUUUUUUUUUGGGCAGAAUUAAAGGUUGUGUGGACGACUGCAAAGCGCUCCCGCCAGCUGAAACCCACCAGAGGACGCGAUUCUUCAAGUGGAUAUUGAUGGAAUAAAACCAGCCACCAUGUCAGGGAAGUCAGACGGGAAAAAGAAGUGGGCGGCAGUCAGAGGCCGCCUUGGCUCCUCUCAGGACUCGGAUACUCAGCAGGAGGCCAACCUGGAGAGUGCUGAUCCAGAGCUGUGCAUCAGGCUGCUGCAAGUCCCCACCGUGGUCAACUACUCGGGGCUGAAGCGUCGCCUGGAGGGCAGCGACCAGACAUGGAUGGUCCAGUUUCUGGAGCUGAGUGGGUUGGAUCUCCUCCUCGAGGCCUUGGACCGGCUCUCGGGGCGAGGAUGCUCUCGCAUUGCAGACGCCCUUCUGCAACUCACCUGCGUCAGCUGCGUCCGGGCAGUCAUGAACUCUUCCGCAGGGAUCCACUUCAUUAUAGAUAAUGAGGGAUACAUUCGCAAGCUCUCCCAAGCUUUGGACACCUCCAACACCAUGGUGAAGAAGCAGGUGUUUGAGCUACUUGCUGCCCUCAGCAUGUUCUCUGCAGAUGGCCAUCGCCUGGCACUGGAUGCCCUGGACCACUACAAGGGCGUGAAGACACAGCAGUACCGCUUCAGUGUGAUCAUGAACGAGCUGCAGGCCACAGACAACGUCCCGUACAUGGUCACACUCCUCAGCGUCAUCAACGCCAUCAUCUUCGGGAUGGAUAACCUCAGGCAGAGAGAUAAGAUGAGGAAGGAGUUUAUCGGGCUUCAGUUACUUGAUGUUUUGCCAAAGUUAAGGGAGCAGGAGGAUGAAGACUUGAUUAUACAAUGUGAAGCUUUUGAGGAAGCAAUGGCUGAAGAUGAAGAGGAGCUGCUGCGGGUCUACGGGGGGAUUGACAUGAGCAAUCACCUGGAGGUUUUCACUACACUCUUUAACAAGGUGAGCAGCUCUCCAGCCUCUCUCCAGCUGCUGUCCAUCCUGCAGACGUUGUUGGUGUUAGGGCCGGGACGCUCGGAUAUCUGGUUGGCUCUGGAGGCCAUCACUAACAGAGCCAUACUGCUGGCCCAGGACUCUCAGAUGGAGUCCUCUGAAAAGAUUAUGCAGCGGCUGAUGUUCUCCAAAGGCGUUGAGGGUCAUAAUGAAGUGGACGGGCAGAGCGUCCUGAAACUGGAUAAGGCCGUGCAGACGGAUCUGGAUCAUCAGGACACAACGGACAAAAGCGUCACAUCCUCUCAGAAGCCUCUGUGUGCUGCUCCUCCACCUCCUCCCCCACCCCCACCUCCUCCUCUACCCCCCAGUAUGAGUGGGCCCCCGCUCCAACCGUCUAACCAGUGCCCACCUCCGCCACCGCCUCCUCCUCCACCGCUGCCUGGAGGGUUUGGUGGACCUCCACCACCUCCACCAUUACCUGGAAUGCCACCACCACCCCCGCCGCCGCCACCACUGCCCGGCGGUCCAGGCAUGCCUCCCCCUCCACCUCCGCUACCAGGGAUGGGUGGCGGACCACCACCGCCACCUCCCCUACCUGGCAUGCCGCCUCCACCUCCUCCUCCUCCAGGCAUGAUAGUUGCUCAGAGCAGUCACGCCCUGGGGUGUGCUGCACCCGUAAAAGCAGGCCCAUGCCCCACCCUGAGGAUGAAAAAGCUCAACUGGCAGAAACUGCGUGCUGUUACUGAUGGUCACUCCAUGUGGGCCUCGGUUCAGAAAGAGCCUCCUCCUCGGGAGCCGGACUACAGCAGUAUCGAGCAGCUGUUCUGUCUCCCAGUGACCGAGCACAAAGACAAGGGGGCAGCUGCUCCUGUCAAGAAGGAGCCUAAAGAGAUUACAUUCAUUGAUCCAAAGAAAAACUUGAAUUUGAACAUAUUCCUAAAGCAGUUCAAAUGCAAAAAUGAGGACUUUGUAGCCAUGAUUCAGAAUGGAGACCGUACUAGGUUUGAUGUAGAGGUGCUUAAACAGCUUCUGAAGCUCCUACCAGAGAAGCAUGAGAUUGAAAAUUUGAAGUCCUUCCAAGGAGAAAAAGACAAGCUGGCAAAUGUUGACCGCUUCUACACCUCCCUCCUCAACGUGCCAUGCUAUCAGUUGAGGAUUGAGUGCAUGUUGUUGUGUGAGGAGACUUCAUCAGUGUUGGAUAUGCUCAAACCUAAAGUCAAGCUGGUGGAUGAGGCCUGCCAGUCGCUGAGAAUGAGCACGCUCAUGCCUAGUUUCUGCAGGCUCAUCCUUGACGUUGGAAAUUUUCUCAACUACGGAAGUCACACAGGGAAUGCAGAGGGGUUCAAGAUCAGCUCCCUGCUCAAACUUACAGAGACCAAGGCCAACAAGAGCCGCAUUACGCUGCUUCAUCACAUCCUAGAGGAAGCAGAAGCGAACCACCCGGAACUGCUGGCGCUGCCAGAUGAUAUAGAGAUCUGUGAAAAAGCAGCAGGAGUUAACCUGGACUCUGUUCAGUCAGAAGCCAGUGCCUUAUUAAAACGACUGACUGAGACGGCCAAGAAGGUGGCCAACUCUGUCGAAGAGGUGAAGGAGCAAUAUGCAAAAGUUCUUCAGGAAAGUCUGGAGGCCUGUCAAGCUUUAAAUGAAAGGUUCACUGCAAUCGAAGAGAAGAAGACCGCUCUGGCUGGCUACUUGUGUGAAGAUGCCAAUCAGCUGUCGCUCGAGGAACUCUUCGGAACCAUCAAGACUUUUAGAGGAUUUUUCAUCAAAGCACUGAAGGAAAACAAAACCAGAAGAGAGCAGGCAGCCAAGGCCGAGAAGAGAAAGAAGCAGCUGGCAGAGGAAGAGUCCAAGAGACAGAAGGGAGAGAAUGGAAAAAUAAUAAAGAAAGGCACCGUGCCACAGAACGACGGCUGCAUCAUCGAUCACCUUCUGGCGGAUAUCAGGAAAGGUUUCAGCCUAAGAAAGACCAGGCCAAGGUGCGAUUCGGAAAGCCUCCCUUCUAGUGAAAUGCGUAGGGAUACCUGCCCAUCUGGCUCAAGUGUGAAGCCUGUAGACGAAGAAGCCGGAGAAAUGGCCACCAUUACCGCUCCCACCAAACCUCAGACCGAGGAUCACCAGGCCGACACAGGCGAAGUGAACGGCUUCAUCAGCCCAUCAGAAGAGACUCCCCCAGCACCGCAGAGUGCAGUGCAAGGCGGGCCAGCUGUUCCUCCCAACACACUCCCAGGAGACGCAACCAUAACAAUGCAGGCACCCCUGGAAAGACCUGCGUCGCUGCAGGACCGGCAACACCCACAGAAACCUUCGGUAUCUUCGCUAGUUACAAUACAACCUCAUCCUCAGGUUGAAGCAGAACACCCACCAUCUCUCCCCACAAAUGGCUUUUCAUUGGAUUCAACUGAGACCAGCGUCCUCAGCCCAUCUUCCCUCUCGGAUUCCGACCUGCUAGAGGCUGUGCUAGACAGCAACUCCAGCCCCGUACCUGAGGAGCUGAUGCGUGCAGAGCCGGUGGACAUUAGUGUGAAUGUUCAAAUCAAGGAAAGCCCUUCACCUAAUACAGAUAAUGUGACACAACGUAGUGAAAGCAAUAUAAUGGGAGGUGGGAAAGGUGAAACUAGUAAUAAAAUUAGCCAUUUAACAGAGACUGUAGGACAAGAGAAGGCUCCGGAAGAGCGGGACCGCAGUGUUGUAAAGAUACCCAGCCAAGAUGAGGUCACGAAUUACAAACAUUCGGACCCUAAAAGCAAUGUGACCACACUCAGCGAGGGCAUCCAGGGGUGGGACGUCCCAGAUGGACUUCAAUCAGAAGAUCCACCAACAGUGUCUGAGGCAGUACCUCCAUCCCUUAAGCCUGAACCAAAGAGACAGCAGAGCCUCUUUAAACGUAACAAAAAGAAGAGUCAUCAAGGUAAUCUCUCCAUUCACUUCAAUAAAGAUCACGUUUGGAAUGCUAGUCUCUCGAUGUCUCUUAAAGGGAAGUCCUUAUUUUUUUUGUUUUUGCUACAUUUAAUAUUAUAUAUUGUAUGUAUGGGAUAUUUCAGUGUAUAUUCAUAAGUAUGGUGCAUGAUAACGUGCGUUUUAUUAAAGAGUAUGGAUGCAGUGUGCAGCACUUGAUUUGCAGAUUUAAUACUGAAUGGAUAUAAAUAUGGACGUUUUGUUUGAAUGCUCUGUUUUCCGUUCUGAAACACAAGGUAACAGUGGAAAAGGACACACUAAACAUAAAACAGGCUGUGUGUUGCAGUGAGGUAGGUCAAAUCGAUGGGAUGGCAAACUGUAAGCAGGAACAUCAUCCUAAUGAAUUCAAUCACCGUCGAAGCUUUGUCCCAAGUAACACGUCAUUUGUUGGUCUAACUGGAAUCUGGAUUCCAUUUGUCUCUGUUGUCCAGCUUUUUAACACUUGCUCCGUCUUUAACACUUUGCCAAUUCAGUCGUGAUCAGGCACAAAAACCCCAACAGCAUUUGACCAAACAUGUCCUGAAGUGUUUCUAAUGUCCAUCAGACCAGGGGAAACUAAUCCUAACAGUGCUCCUUUUAAUCAAUGGUUCUAAUCAAAAAUCUCAAUUUGCUGAUCUAAAACAGCUUUGCCGUUUGUGAAGUCAUUGUGAAGUCAUUGUGGACUUUCUUUCAUGAAAGCUGUCACUUUUUUUUGUCUCUCCUUCCAUAUUUUCUUGUCCAUUCCCCAAAUCUGCAACUGAGACUGUUUAAAAUCUACUAACACAGUCUCGUGUGCUUUUUGUAAAAUGUGCUUUGUUAAUCUGACUGAAAGAUACUGUCUGUAAUGUAAAUGCAUUAAAAAUGCAAAAAAUGUUUUUUUUUUUGUUUGUUUUUUACCACUAAAAGAAAAUGUAGUCAUGUUUACAAGCCAUAGAUAUAACUCUGAAAUGUAUUAAAUGAAAGUGUAUGUAUGUAUGUAUUUUAUUCUGUCUAUUCAUUUUAGUCUUUG